AUGGAAACGCCGAUACCACCGCCGACGGUGCAGGCACCGGCCGCGGUCAAGCCGGAACCCAUCCGGCGCAACGGGUUCCAGUACGACGGCACGUUCUCGACAAUUGACGGCGUCGCCUUUGAGCGGCCACAGCAUUUGCUGCGGCUUUGCUACCCCAGCGAGCCGGACAAGUGGAAGAUCAAGCUCGGCCGAGGCCGGCCCCCCAAGAUGGAGAAGAUCACGGACAUGGAGGCGGCACGGACGCUGUCACGAAAGUUUAUGCUGGCACAGUUCCGCUUCUACGGCAUUCCCCCGCCGUAUCAAUCGUCGUCGGACGAGGUGAUGGCCAUUUUCCGCGAGCAGGUGACAGCUGGGAAUUUCCGGAAGAUGACGCCUGAUGUCGAGACCCUGCGCGACGAAAUGGUGGCCGAGUGGGACGCGCGCCGGGACCCCAAUGCCCAGCGGCCGCGUGGCCGGCCCAAGGGCAGCACGCGCAAGCCCGAAGACCUGCUGCCGGCCACGAUUGCCGGCGCCUACGUCAUCACGAGCAAGGAGAUCCAGGACCAGUGGUCGGUCAACGGCACGCUGACGCUCGACGUGGCGGCCACGUCGACCCCGGGCGUCUACAAGGCGACCUUCCACUUUGGCGUUGUCCUCGGCGUCAUGAUCCUGUCGGCCGACGAGAAGCAGUUGACGAGCCAUGUGCGGCGCCUCGACGCGGGCGACGACCCGGACCGGCGGGCUGGCGACGACCUGUCGGCGGCGGGCAAGCGCAAGCAGCCCCCGAACGGCGCGGGCCGACACAGCGAUGUCCAGCAGCAGAUGGCAUCCGGCAAGAAGGCACGGAUGGGUCCCGGUGCGACGCCACAGCAUCCGCAGCAUCCACAACAUCAGCAACAACACCCACAAGGAGGCCCCGGCCAGGGCCUGGCACCCGUUGCCGGGAUGCAGCCCAUGGGCGGGAUGCCCGGCAUGCCUGGGAUGCCACCUCCCACCAUGCCGGGCAACCUCGGCGGCCUCGGUGCUCUUGUCGGCGGCGGCGGCCUGGGCGGCAUGCACGGCAGCCCCGGAGGACAGCACCCAGGCCACCAGGGUACACCGGUGCGCAGCGCCACGGCGCCCGAGACGCCGAGCACACCGACGACGCCGAUGGCGGUGAUCAGCGGGCGGCCGCCACUCAAGUUUUACGUGCGCUGGCGCGGCCGUGGCCUUGUGGACAACAACAUGCAGACGGGCGAGCACCGGGGCACGCUCAAGUUCACAAACAAGCACUACACCAAAUUUGCGGGCGAGAUGGACCUGGCGUUCCUGGGCGCGGACGAGAUCACGGGCAAGCGCAUUUCCGACGUGCCCACGCUGUCCGGCGAAUCGUGGUCCGACUACUUGGAGACGGUCUACGACUGGACGCGGAACCGGUGGAACUGA